AUGGUGGAUACACUCCUGAAUUUUAUAAGGGCUAAUCGAGAAGGCAACUGGAAUCUUCAUCUACAAUCAUUUGCUGAUAUGCUACCUUGGAUGACAGUUUAUGAUCACACCAAUUACGCCAGAUGGGGAACAAUAUAUCUAGCGGAGAUGAAAAAUCUAGAAAUAUCUCAACCAAUCAUUCAUCGGGAGUUUAUGAAUGGAAACUUCGUUGUUCGGCGUGGCAAAGGCAGAUUUAACCAAGUCCCUAUUGAUCAGGCGACUGAAUGGCAAAACAGAGUCUGCAAGAUUUCAAAUGGCAUUAUUGGGAUAACCAGGAAUGACACUGCUAGAGACAAAUUUUGCAUUACAUGGGCUGAAAGAUCUUAUAUUUCCCAUUCUACUAGAUGUCUGUUGGAAAUAGAAAAUGAAGAUCAACUGAUUUCUACAAGAAAAGAUGCACAACCAUCUCGAAUUUGGCUUGACGAAGAUUCAGUGACAAAACUGGAGGAAGUUUUCAAGAGAUUCAACGUUUUUGGACUGGAAGGAGAAGAACUGGAUGGUGAUAUUAUGGAAGAAGAAGAAGAGAAUGAAAGCACUGAGAGAAGUGAGACAAAACAGCUUGUGUCCCUAGCUACAAAUGAUGUGUCCACUGCUGAGAUUGAAAAUGAUCUGCUCUCUGCACAAACAAGAGGGGUAAGUAUGGUGCAAAGCAAUGUUAAUAAAUGGUUUAUAGAGAAAGAAACUCCAUUUUUUGAUCCACUGCCAAAAGUAAAGUCAAAAACGUUUGCUUCACUCUAUAAGAUGACCUUUGCAGGAAAACAAAAUGAGAAGAAGACGAUCAAGGCAGAUAGAAGAUUGUUGCAACAGCUACUUACAGCAUCUUUGGCAGGGAGAAAGGUUGAUCUGAAUGAGGUUUUGCAACAUGAGCUAUCUAGUAUCCCACUUUCACUGGCAAAAGUAAAUGGUGACAUGAAUUCAACAACCAAGGCAGAGCUAGCAAAGAUCAUCACAAAGAAUGAGAGAAUUCUACCCAAUGUAACAGAACCAGGCACAACACAGAGAACCUGCAUAUUAGUUGAUGGCCAUGCUUACAUCCAGUCUCUCGGGAAACCAAAAAACUGCAAAACAUUUGAAGAAUAUGCACAUAUAUUUUUCAAGUUGCUGCUGAUAAAUGUUGGUGAAAAUGUUGACCGUAUAGAUGUUGUUUUUGACCGAUACAUUUCUAAAUCUAUAAAGUCAACCACAAGAACCAAACGUGGUACAAACAAGCGGCCAAUUCGUAGAAUAAUUAGCCGUGGAGAUUUGCCACUUCCUCAAACAUGGGCAAAUUUUAUUUCUCUAGGGGAUAAUAAAGCAGAUCUGGCAAAAUAUUUAAGUAAUUAUCUUGUGGCUAAUCAUGCUAGUAUAACUAACCAUUGUAAUAAUUGUGAAUUAGUUACAGGUGGUGGUUUUCAGGAUCCAAGGAAAGCUUACUCUACAUUAAGAGAUAUCAGCACAGUUAUGUGUGACCAUGAGGAGGCCGACACAAGGCUUAUUUAUCAUGCCCUUGAGGCUGUUGGCAAUGAUUUCAAUAGGCUUUUGGUCUUCUGUAGAGAUACUGAUGUAUUUUUAAUGCUAAUUCACUUUUUUAGAAACAAGUAUGACAUUGAAGUAUGGAUGGUUGCUGGUACUGCCAGACAGCGAAAAUGUUAUCCUAUUCAUGACAUUGCCCAACAACUUCCAGAAAGUAUUACUAACAAUCUUUUAGGGUUUCAUUCUCUUACAGGAUGCGAUACAACAUCAUCAUUUACCAGUUUUGGGAAAAGGAAAUGCUGGAAGGUCUUUGAAGAGUUUGCACACCUACUUGAUUGUAUAGGGAGAGAUGGGCCAGUUGAGGAUGCAGAAGAAUUUAUUUGCCGAUUGUAUGGUGUCCCUGAUCCACUGGGCGGUUUAAACAAAUGCAGAGUAGAUCUUUUUGAAAAAGGAAACAAGGAUUUAGAGAAAUUGCCACCUACAAGUGAUGCUUUUCGCCUUCAUGUUGCUCGUUGUAAUUACCAGGCCAAAGUAUGGUUGAAGGCGAACGUUGGUUUACCUGAAAUCCCUAGCCCUACUGAUACUGGUGGGUGGAUAUCAUGUGAUGAUAAGCUACAAAUUAUCUGGUCUACAAUACCUUCCAUUCCACAGUCCUGUAUUUCCUUGAUUUCUUGUGGAUGUAAAAAGAAAUGUAGAACUGCCAAUUGUAAGUGCUAUAAGAACAAUCAACAGUGCACACCUCUAUGUGGAUGCGAUGCAAAUGAAUGCAAAAAUCCUGUAGGAUUACCAUAG